AUGGCCGGCUGCGGGCGUUCGUGGCCAUUUUCCUCAACGACGACGACAUCCGCUUCCUCGAGAAGGAAGCGACGCCGGUCAAGGAGGGAGACACCGUCAGCAUCAUCCCGACGGUGGCGGGGGGAGGCAUAUCGUGACGACCCCGGCGCUGACCAACGAAGAGGUGGCCCGCUACAGCCGGCACCUGAUCAUGCCGGAGGUCGGCAUGGACGGGCAGCUCAAGCUGAAGGCGGCCAGCGUGCUCUGCAUCGGCGCCGGCGGUCUCGGCUCGCCGGUCGCGAUGUACCUGGCCGCGGCCGGCGUCGGCCGGAUCGGGAUCGUCGACUUCGACGUGGUCGACUACAGCAACCUGCAGCGGCAGAUCAUUCACGGCACACCCGACGUGGGCCGCCCAAGCUGGAUUCCGCGCGCGACUCGCUGGCGGCCAUCAACCCCGAGGUGCGCGUCGACACCCACAACGUGGCGCUCUCGUCGAGCAACGCGCUCGACCUGUUCCGCGAGUACGACAUCAUCGUCGACGGCACCGACAAUUUCCCCACGCGCUAUCUGGUCAAUGACGCCUGCGUGCUGCUCGGCAAGCCGAACUGCUACGGCAGCAUCUUCCGCUUCGAAGGCCAGGCAUCGGUAUUCGGCGCGACGGGCGGCCCCUGCUACCGUUGCCUGUAUCCGGAGCCGCCGCCGCCGGGACUCGUCCCGAGCUGCGCCGAGGGCGGUGUGCUGGGCAUCCUGCCGGGCGUGGUCGGCACCAUCCAGGCGACCGAGGCGGUCAAGCUGAUCAUGGGCGCCGGCGAGCCGCUGAUCGGCCGCUUCCUGAUCUACGACGCGCUACGGAUGCGUUUCCGCGAGCUGAAGCUGCGGAAGGAUCCGGACUGCCCGGUGUGCGGCGAGCACCCGACCGUCACCGCGCUGAUCGACUACGACCAGUUCUGCGGCAUCGCGCCGCCGGCGUCCGCCGCCGCCGACCCGCCGCCGAGCGACGACGCGACGGUGGAGCAGCUCAAGGCGCGGCUCGAUCAGCGGGACGAGCCGUUCAUCCUCGACGUCCGCGAGCCGCAGGAGUACCAGAUCUGCAACAUUCCGGGCUCCACGCUGAUCCCGCUGGGCGACCUCCCGAGCCGCUUGCACGAGCUCGAGGGGCGCGGCGAGAUGAUCGUCCACUGCAAGUCGGGCGCGCGCAGCGCCAAGGCGGUCAAGCUGCUCCGGGAGGCCGGCUUCGCCCAGGCAAAGAACCUGCGCGGCGGCAUCCUGCGCUGGAUCGACGCCGUGGAUCCGACGCUGCCGAAGUAUUGA